AUGGCGCGUGAAACAGACGACUCGUCCUCUUCCCCAAACAAACGCCUGAAAACCCUAAAUCCCCAAAUUGAAUCCCUACCGGAUCCAAAUCAGCCCCAAAGCCCACCGGAAUCCGAUGAUUCACUACCCGAGCGCUGCGCUAUUUGCUUCUUGGACGACGGCAAAGCCGCCCGAGGCAAAAUCGAUUGCUGCGACCACUACUUCUGCUUCUUGUGCAUCAAAGAAUGGGCCAAAACCGAGUCGCGGUGCCCAAUGUGCCGCCGUCGGUUCGAUUCCAUCCGUCGGCCGCCAAAAGUCGGCGUCUUUAUCCGAGAGCGCCUCGUUAAGGUCCCGGUUCGAGAUCAGGGGGAUAAAACUGGGCAUGUUGAUGCUUAUGAAGAAGUAGCGUGUAAUGUAUGUAGUUCUAUGGCAGAUGAUCAUUUUAUGUUGCUAUGUGAUCUAUGCGACGGAGCGGCGCACACUUACUGUGUUGGGCUUGGUUAUACUGUGCCUGAAGGUGACUGGUUUUGCAAUGACUGCAUUGUCUCUAGGCCUGAGCUUGCUAAUGCCAAUGGUACCGAUGAUGAAUGUGGUGUGAUCCCAACUGAAGCUGUGCCUGUGCCUUUUGUGUCGGCCCGCGAUAUUGUGAGGGAUUUGGAUAGCUCAACGGUCGGAAGACCUAGAAGAAUUAGUCCAAAUCCAGAUCAGACUUCAGCUGUCCCUGAAGUUGCUAGGCCUGCAAAAGCCCCACCAAGGGUUGUUGGCAUAUCAGCUGAAACGGCGGCAAGAACAUUGGAUAGGUGUCGAAAUGUGCAGACUCGCAUACACACACUUCGUGAGAAUUGGAGUGGCUUCCGCAGUGGUGCCUUGAGCUUCCCUGCCAGUUCAUCAGCGAAAGCUGGGUGCAGCAGUAGUCAAGGUGAUGGUGUGAUGUCUCAUGAAAGAUCAGGCCAAAUAGAAUCUUCAUCUUCUCCAAGUCUUCAGCAACUGGAAAAUCAAGGUGUUUGUGACCCCUAUGAUAUUGACAAGGCAUGGAAAAUGCUCGAAAAGGCAAAGUCAAAACAGUGUGUACAUAAAAAGAAUAGCAGUGGGGCUCAGUUGUUGCAUUUCUCAAAACUUCCUUUAAGCAGAACUAGUUCUUCAAAGGAACCAACCAAUGCAGAUUCAUAUCCUGAUAGAUCAGGUCAGCCACAAUACUCAUAUUUCACAGGUUGUCAGCAGCAGCAAAAUCAAGUUGGUUGUGGCUCGCGUGCAAUUGACAAGGCAUGGAAAAUGAUGGAUAGGGCAAAGUCGAAACGACAAGUUCAUGAAAACACCAGCAGUGCCUUGAAGCUUUCUUCUUGGAAAGCAUAUGCUUCAGAAGAAGCAAGCGAUGUGAAUUCAAGUCUGAGUACAUUGAAAAGCCAACAACGUGGAGAUUCGAAUCAGGGAAGACAUGGAAUGGAGAAGGUCUACAAAAGUAAGGAAAGGCAAUCUACAGUCACAACUCAGGAGGCAGUAGAGUCGAUCCUAGGCAUUUCAUGUAGUAAUUCUUCACCAGGAUUAUUUAUGCCUCCACAUCGUAGGAACAUAUAUAAGCCUGCUUCAUUACGGAAAAAUCAAGGUGCACUGAGUAUGGUUAAUGAGCAAAACGGUUCCGCUUCUUCAAUUAUGGAAGGAACUUCAAAUUCAUUUUGUGGCAAAUCAGAGCUCAGUACAUCUUCUCCUGGAAACUUAGAAGAGGUCUCUGCGGAAAGCAGAGCAAGAAAAGUUGAUGAUGAAGCCAAAAGUGAGAUCCAGUCUCUUGUCAAGAUGAACUUGAAGCUUCUAAGCAAAGACCAACGCUUAGGCGUUGACGCAUUCAAACAGAUUGCGAGGGCUGCCACACAUACCGUCUUGGCUGCAUGUGGUUUAGAACAUCAUCACAAGUCUGCCGUCCACUCCUUCCCAAGCUUAGUAUGCCACCACUCCGAGCAGCUUCAGCUGCCACAUAAAUCCAAUCUGAUGCGUAAGGCCUGCCGAGAUUGCUUUUAUGGGUUUGUGAAAGAUGUUGUUGAUUCGAUUCUGCAAAAUCAUGAUGGUUUCCGACUACGGUGUUCCAGUCACAAACAGAACUUGUAGCCAAGGUUUACUUCGUUUAUUUCUUAGGAGCACCAUGUAGAGUUGUAGACCAUACCAUAAAUUCAGAAAUCAGAAGCAUGAAUAAGAUAGGAUUUGGUUACCUAUUUCCGGGACCGAGGGUGAUCGUUGUGGGACCUCCGGAUUCUGGUAAAAGUACAUUGUAGAAAAUGCUGCUUAGUUGGGCAGCUAAACAAGGAUGGAACCCUACUUUUGUCGACUUGGAUAUUGGACAAGGAGCUAUAGCAAUUCCAGGAUGCAUUGCGGCUACUCUGAUUGAAAUGCCUAUUGAUCCGGUGAAGGGGUUCCUCUUU